AUGGGUCAAGUCGACUUGUCUCAUUCACAUGAAUCUUCAACUGCUCGGAAUGCAAAUAACACGGAAAGCGAGUUAUCCCACAGGACAAUUCGAGUUGUCUCAUUCAUAUGGAUUUUCAUCUAUUAUACAUUUGAAACAGCAUCUGAAUUAUCAUUAACCGACGUGCGUCACGAUCGACGUUCAAUGAUACCGCGGAUGAUACACGAAUAUCGAGUCAUUUCUAAAUUUGAACUUGUUCUUCAAUCUUCUUUUGUGUCAAUGCUUAUUCAUCAACGAGUUCUGCACAUUUUUUCAUAUAUAGACUUCUGGUGUCAAUUCAAUAACAAAAGAAGAUACUUUAUCAAUCCAUGGUACUUUUCACCUUAUCCUGAAGAAUUGAUAUCGUGUUCAGUUCUUUAUAUUUGCGAAUUUUGUUUGAAAUAUUGUAAAGAUACUGAUGCAUUGAAGCGACAUCGAACAAAAUGCACAUUGACUCAUCCACCUGGUAAUGAAAUUUAUCGUAAUGGAACUAUUUCAUUCUUCGAAGUUGAUGGACGAAAGAACAAAACCUAUUCUCAUCAUCUUUGUCUCUUGGCGAAAUUAUUUCCUGAUCAUAAAACUUUGUAUUAUGAUACAGAUCCAUUUAUGUUUUAUAUUUUAACCGAAUUUGAUGCACAAGGUUUUCAUAUUGUUGGUUAUUUCUCUAAAGAUAAAGAAACCAAUGAAGAUUACAAUUUGUCAUGCAUUUUAACACUGCCACCUUAUCAAAAGAAGGGCUAUGGACAUUUUAUGAUUGACUUUAGUUACACGCUAUCAAAACUCGAAAAUAAAAUUGGUACACCAGAACGGCCACUGUCUGAUUUGGGUUUACUCUCUUAUCGCCGGUACUGGUCGGAAACGAUCAUUGAGGCUUUGUUAAAGCAUCGAUCAAAAGAUGGUGAAAGCGAAUCACCUUCACUUUCAAUCAAUGAUUUAAGCGAAAUAUCUGCGAUUAUGAAAGAAGAUGUUCUUGCUGCACUUCAAAAUUUGAAUAUCAUCCGUUAUCAACAAGGUUCAUAUGUUCUGUCAAUAACAAAAGAUCUGUUCGAUAGUUAUCAAGAUAAACGUCGUUUACGCGUCGAUUCGAAAUGUCUGUUUUGGACACCGAAACUGUCAACUAGACAAAUUAAUCAACUUCAAAACAAAUAA